GAGAAUAGAAAUGAGAGAGACAGUGAAGGUCCAGAGGAUGUGGAAGUGAGGGUCAGUCUGCACAGGUCUGGGCUCAGUGACACACACACGUAUGGAUCCUCUGAUGCUCCUGUUUCUUCUCAUUGCUGGGCUCACAGGUGCUGACAGUGUGUCCUCAGUGAGACGGGUGACUGUACAGAGUGGAGGAUCUGUCACCAUCCCAUGUUUAUAUGAAGACACAUAUAAAAACCAUGUGAAAUACUGGUGCAGAGGACGUGAAUGGCAGUCAUGUACUCCCAUAGUACGGACUGACUCUCCACAGAAGAAGGGUGACGUGUCAAUCAGAGAUGACCCUGACCAGCGAGUCUUCACUGUGACCAUGAACAAUCUGACAACUGAGGAUGCUGAUUAUUACUGGUGUCAUGUGGAGAUCAGGGGACAUUCAGAUGUUGGAGAAUGGUUUACACUGUCAGUCACUGAUGGUUCCCCAAGGCUGUCAGUGGACCAACAGGAGGUGACUGGUGUGGAGGGAGACAGUGUCAGUGUUCAAUGUCGCUAUGGAGACCGUAGCAGGGAGAUGAAGUGGUGUAAGAUCGGGGGCUCCUGUGUAUCAGGGAAUUCUAGGAGUUUGGAUGGGAGGCCUGUGGAGAUCGGAGUUGACAGAGUAAAUAAAGUCUUCAGUUUGACAAUGUGGGGACUGGAGAGGAAGGACACAGGCUGGUAUUGGUGUGAUGAUAGAUUCCAGCAGAUUCCAGUUCAUAUUACUGUCAAUCAGCUAAGGUGGGAGCAGAUUCUGGGUGCAGUACUGAAAGCUGGGACUGGUGUGUUUUAUCUGAUUUGCACCAUCAUCGCCAUUCAGCUGCACCGGAGCUCCUGCAGAAAGAGGGGAUCCAAUCAGAGAGAGGAAGAGGGAGGGGCCAAUACAAACCAUGGGUCUUAGGAAAUUCUGAUUUGAUAUACAAGCUUGUCAAUCCUGUUAAAAUGACUAACAUGCACCCUCUGUUAGUGCAAAUAAAUGGACAAACCCAAGGCUGUGUCAGUAGAUUUAUGCUGUGCUUGUAUG